AUGAGGGCCUGGAUCUUCUUCCUCAUUUGCCUGGCCGGAAGGGCCCUAGCAGCACCACAACAGCAGGAAGCCCUGCCUGAUGAGACGGAGGUGGUGGAGGAAACCGUGGCUGAGGGAACAGAGGUACCUGUGGGAGCCAACCCUGUCCAGGUGGAAGUAGGAGAAUUUGAUGAUGGUGCUGAGGAGACUGAGGAAGAAGUAGUAGCUGAAAAUCCCUGCCAGAACCACCACUGCAAACACGGCAAGGUGUGUGAGCUGGAUGAGAACAACACCCCCAUGUGCGUGUGCCAGGACCCCACCACCUGCCCUGCUCCCGUUGGCGAGUUUGAAAAGGUGUGCAGCAAUGACAACAAGACUUUUGACUCUUCCUGCCACUUCUUUGCCACAAAAUGCACCCUGGAAGGCACCAAGAAGGGUCACAAACUCCACCUGGACUACAUCGGACCUUGCAAAUACAUUCCCCCAUGCCUGGACUCCGAACUGACUGAAUUCCCCCUGCGCAUGCGUGACUGGCUUAAGAACGUUCUGGUCACCCUGUACGAGAGAGAUGAGGACAACAACCUUCUGACUGAGAAACAGAAGCUGAAAGUGAAGAAGAUCUAUGAGAACGAGAGGCGCCUGGAGGCUGGGGACCACCCUGUGGAGCUGCUGGCUCGGGACUUCGAGAAGAAUUACAACAUGUACAUCUUCCCCGUGCGCUGGCAGUUUGGCCAGCUGGACCAACAUCCCAUUGACGGGUACCUGUCCCACACCGAGCUGGCCCCACUGCGUGCUCCCCUCAUCCCCAUGGAACACUGCACCACCCGCUUCUUUGAGACCUGUGACCUGGACAAUGACAAGUACAUUGCCCUGGAAGAGUGGGCCGGUUGCUUCGGCAUCAAGGAGCAGGAUAUCGAGAAGGAUCUUGUCAUCUAA